CAUCAAAACGAGACAAGUGAUGAAUCACCAACAGAACAAAAUGGCGGACGAAGCUGAACACAAAAGUGAAAAUACAGCUGAUUUUGGUUCAGAUGAAAAAGUGAUUGAAACAGAAACAAAUCUGAGUGAAGAAUUUAAUGAAAUUGAAGCUAAAGAYGACAGAAAAGAGGAAAAUGCUAGUGAUGAUGAACUAGAAAAUGAUCACUUAAUGGUUUACGAAACAGCAGAUGGUCUCACUAUCCUGGACAGUGUACCAGCCUGUAGUUGUCAUCAUGGUCAUGAUAGUAAUCAUGAUGCAGAAAGUCCCAGAGAUGAAACCAUUCCUGAAGAUUCUGAUGGAAUUCCAGUCGACAGCAGUAUAUCAGAGGAAUUAAUAAUGAAUUUAGAAAAAAUGAGAAGAGAGGAGGUAGUAGAUUUGCCAGAAACUGUAACAAAGCUGACAACAGCUGAUGGAUGUAUAGUGUAUCUUGUUGGGACAGCUCAUUUUAGCAAAGAAAGUCAAGAUGAUGUAGCAAAGACUAUUCAAGCAGUAAAGCCAGAUGUUGUCGUUGUGGAGCUGUGUAAAAGUAGAGUGGACAUACUAAAACAUGAUGAAGAAUAUCUUUUACGAGAAGCUAAAAAUAUUGAUGUCCAAAAACUAAAAUUUGCUAUAAAGCAGAGUGGUGUUGUUGGAGGUUUGAUGCAAGUACUUCUGUUAAGCAUGUCAGCACACAUAACAAAACAGCUUGGAAUGGCUCCUGGUGGUGAAUUUAGAACUGCUUACAAUGAAGCCAGAAAGAUUCCAGGAUGUCAAAUACACCUKGGUGACAGACCAAUCCAGAUAACCUUAUCAAGAGCUAUGGGUGCUUUAAGUGUGUGGCAGAAAAUGAAGCUUGCCUGGCAUUUAUUAACUACGAAACAAGCUAUAAGUAAAGAAGAUGUUGAGAGAUGUAAACAAAAAGAUCUUCUUGCUGAGAUGUUGGCUGAAAUGACAGGCGACUUCCCUUUGCUCUAUAAAGUUUUUGUGUCAGAACGUGAUAGAUAUCUUGCCAGAUCAUUGCGACUUUCAUCAAUGCCAAUUGCAGUUCAUAACCAAGAGGGAGAGUUUCAAGGUGUUAUUCCAAGUGUUGUAGUUGGUGUUGUUGGAAUAGGGCAUACUGCCGGAAUUGCAGACAAUUUUGACAAAGAAAUUGAUGUUCAAGACUUACUAAAGGUUCCAGGACCAAGCAAGACAGGUAGAUUAAUCAAACUGUCUCUAAAAGCUCUAGUUGGUGUUAUCCUUGCUUGGGGAUCAUAUAAAAUUUUUAAGUGGACAAAUAUAGGGAACUAUCUACAGUGGUAGAAUUGAUUUUAAUUGCAAUUUAAUUUAAUUGAAAAAGUUUUAAUUUUUAUUMAAUACUAUGACACGUUAAAUUUUACACCAUUUUACCCUGACAUGCAAUAUCAAAAUAUACCAUCCAUAUAUCAUUAAUUUAUUCACAGACUUUCAAAAAUGAACUCAAUCACGUUUAUGUGUAAUCSGCAAAUACAGUUCCUCGAAUCAUUCGCUGCUAAUUCAAGCACGCGUGCGCGCGUGCGCGAUUGCUUUUUGGCGCGCUUYGUGAGGCAGCUGUAGUCGCAUAGAUCUUGUAUGAUAUGUCUUCAUAACCAAUGUGGAAAGGAUMAAUAUUAACUCAAACCAAGGAUACGAAAACAUUUUCUUGGCAAUUAUAUUUAGUUAGGUUUUUCUUAUUUUUCCUUUAUACGAAGUUAGUUUAUUACACCGUACUAUUUUAUUGGUAAUGUAUUUGUCAUAAAAUGCACACUGCUUCUGUUGGUUGAGAAUGUUUUGUAGCCUUGGUUUAAAGACGUUCUGUAAAAAAAUAGAUUAAGCUAAUAGCGACGAAGAGAAAUAAAGACAAUAGAAGGUGACUAAA